UUGAAUCUUAGUGCAUUUCUGUUGAAAUAUGAUUUAUUUUUAAUUAUUUUAAUUGUCAUUUUCACAUUAUUCAGUCAUUAUUGUUUAAUAAGUAAUCGAGUUUCUGACGUUGCGUGUCGUUUUGUUAUAUUCGGGGACACACAACAUCAGUGCAGUCCUGUCAUGAUUUACUAUUAGUUAAUGUGAACACCGCACAUACACGACAUUUAUGUUUGUCCAUACAUUAUAUAAUGAUGUGUCGCUUAUAUAUUUACAACAGUUUUAUUUGUUUCUUUUCUAGAGAGAUUUCGUGUUAGUUUUACUGUAAAAUAAAUAAUGUAACAUAUAGACUGCUUCGCAAGAUGUAAACACUGGUCCAAGGCACUUCCCGUUUCAUUUUUUAAAGUUUUUAAUUAGACAUGUACAAUUAAUCUUAGUGUUAUGGUUAAAUCCAUAUCAUAUUCAACAUGAUGUUGAAUUACAUAUUUAUUAUAUAUACAAUGUAGUGUAGGUUUUACUUUUGGGGAUUCCUGUACUAUAAAUUCAUCAUUUUAUUUAGUCUAAACAUCAAAAAUAAUUGGUGUUGGGAAACAGUUACCCUGUAAAAAAAAUGUGGAUAGUACUAAAGAUCAUGUGCUCAACUCAUUGUUGAUUCAGUGUUAUUCAGGUAACAUAUAUAUCUUUAUAUGUAUGCAGGGCCACUAAACAACUUUUUACAAACUAAACAAAAUAAAUCAAAGGCCUUAUAAGUUACAAAGUGCAACAUUGAUGUUCAUUUUGUGUUCACUUUAGAGAUAAUCUGCUACCACAACUUUUGUACAAUUGACCUAUUGGUAAGUCUUGCCCCCCUUAGAUACUGUUGCUAACAGUGUCUUUCAAUGGCAGUUUUAUAAAGAUACCUCUUCCACCUGCCAUUCGUAAAUUCUUUCGUGUAUGAGAUCAUAAAAUCCACACUAGGACUGCUAGCACAAGCUGGUCAUUAAAUAAAUGGGUGUAGCCCCCUUCGUCGAGUUUAACUAUAUUAAUAAAUAUUGACACCUGCUGCACCAUCUAAAGCAGUGGUUCUCAACCUUUUUUGAAUACUCUGAGAUAGCACACAUACAUCUGGCUUAUGUCUGUUUGAUAUCAGCACUUACAUCUGCAAGACAUCUCCAAUACAUAGUUUGCUCAUCUGCAAUACGUCUCAAAGAUGUCUGCUGUCAGACGUCAUAUGGACAUCUAGAAGAAGCUUUAAAAAGCUUUACUGGUGUGCAUUUUGAGACCAAACAAGGGCACGUAUAUAAUUAAAAAAAAUUCACUACAAGCCAUUUUCAGUUUUGACAACUCUAACAUUUACUUCAAUCGUAAACCCUGUCUGAGAGUAGAGGUCAACCGAUAUUGGAUUUUGCUGAUAAUGUUAACUAAUGUGGUCAGUACCCACCUAUACCGAUUAAUUACCGACAGAUUUUUAAUGGUUUAUUUAAACAAAAAAUACACAAGGUAAAUUAGCAAUGAAGUGUAUCACAUCAAAGAACACGUUGCUUGAACCACUAAACUAUAUUUUUGAUUUAUUUGAACUGUAUGAUUUAAACAAAACUUUAAGUAGGUAAUUUCUAAAAUGUUAAUAAUUUAAAACAUUCUUGGCACCAGACUAGCAGAAUGACGGAUCCAUUGUAAUAGUUUACAAUAUAUACUGUUCUGUUCACAUGCGCGCACACACACACACAAUACAGACAAAUGCAUAUCCAUAGUUACAAUAAUACCAUUUAAACAUUUCUGCGUGUAUUUUUGUCACCAUGUUAUAACUUUUUAAGCUAACGUUAAAAGGCUGCUAAUGUUAGCGCGCUCUCAGCCCUGUCGGCAAAAAUAUUGCUUUUCCCCAUUGAAUGCAGCAUCCAUAGUCAAUAACUUCUUAACAUCAUGUUUACUGCAACUGGCUCUAUUGUCAUUGUGAAACUUUUAUACCCCUAUCUGAUGUACUCCGCUCCCCCAAACCAAACAGGCUGUCUGUUUAAUUUCCACCUCUAGAGGUCGCUGUUUUACACUUUACUUGGAACUCUCCACCUUCAUAUCACAGUAGAGCUUUCCCUACUGCGUCUGGAUCAAGCUCAACCGGGAGAAACUAUCGGUGGGGAUUAUUGCCGAUAGCUCAAAUUAUCGCUAUCGGUUCCGAUUAAUCGGCAAAAACGAUGAAUCGGUUGACCUUUAGAGUUUUUGGCUUCAUUCAACUUAAGGAUAUCACCCAGCACCCGAUAUAAUACACAAAUACUUCAAAACACCUUCCAUUAUUAGCAAACGGUGGAUAAAUCCUUGAAAAUGUUCAUAUGAGCCCAUCAAAUCACAGAGAUGGCGAUUCGCAGGCUUAAGAUCACAGACAACCUCUGCAAUUAAUACAAAUGACUAGAGGUCCCCAGGUAAUACUAAUCAUGUGUGAAUUGUGCUCAGGGCACAUCAAGAGUUCUGUAACAAAGCAAUAGUGACGCAUAGUACAAAUAUGUUUUACUCACAUAAGAUUGCUGCGCCAUUCCUAUUGGAUCCAAUACUGAAGGCACAGCGAUGCUUUUUAAUUUAGUCUCUCCACAAAUUCAGUGUUGUUCACGAAGGAAUCCUCGGUGAAACGAAAUUAACAAAUGCUUCAUAUUUUCCUCGCGUGAGCUGGAACGUCUUUCUGUUCCUGAAAAUCAUAGCGCCUCAGCGGACCUCAGCCAUAACUUUUGUUACAUACACAAGAUAUGAGCAAAAUAAAUACUGAUUUGGAAAGGGCUUGAACAUGGUAUCAAAAACUGUUAUCUGUGAACAUAAACAUUAAAAGAUAUAUAAAAAAAACUAUGGCUUAAUUGGGCAUUUGGUUGUAUUAAAAUACAAGUUCCGCCUGAUGAUGUCACGAACAUACUCAUUACCACCUAAUGCCACCUUGCACCGUAGUGAGAGCCUGUCAUUCAAAAUGAUGGACAAUUAAAAAUUAUAGCGCAACCUGUGGUGUGUACGUUUGAAGAUGCGUGUGCUGCAAGUGAGCAGCCUAAUGCUGUCAGUUAAACAGAGUGGAUGUAGCCGUGGAUGAUGAAAAGAACGAUUGACAACUUUUUCGUGAAUAAUGUUAAGUUAAGGCCUGAUCCGUCCGAAAUUCAUAAGCAAUGCUCUGACACGAAGCCAUCAACCUCCCAGGUUAUGUCAAGCCCUGGUCCAUUUAUCUGGAGAUCUUUUAAGUUAGGGUUAGGGUUAUUAGUUAAAUGCGAUGCAGUCGAAAAUUUGGGUGCACCUACGUUUUGUAAGAAAAGAAGUUAGGCUAACCAGUCUAACCAGCGUAAAAAGUCAGUCUAGAGCCCUGGAAGCGAGUCUAUUCUUUCCAACUAGGAUGACAAAAUACUUAGAUAUCUUUAACGGUAUGUUUGUUCAUUGCUUGGUCGCUCUAUCUGAUGGGCUGGGCUAGAUAAGUAUUCGUUGAUAUUUUUCUAUAGAGGUGGUGAUCAACCAAUCAAAGAUAAAUGCAUUCCAGAACCUGCCGUUCGCUGGGCCUGGUGUCAAUAACAGAUGUAAUCUCAGUAACAAGGGCGUUGUCAGUUCUAACACUUAUAUGAUGUUCGUGUGAAUACGAUUCCCUCUUAUAUAACAAGAGCUUGGGUUAAAAUUGUGAUUUUUAUUCAUGCCUCCUUUUAAACCGUUCUUCCAAAUAUGGUGGUGAGCUCAUUUUGGUGAGUGGUCAAAUGUCUCUCUGCAUCAUCUCAGUGAGCGGCAGAAGUAGCACAUUCAUCACCAAACCGCAGCCAACAUAAACGAUUGUUUGUUUCCUUUACUAUAAAACACAUCCAGCUUUUCAUCUGAAAAAUCACGGACAACAAAACAAGAUAGUGGCCUUUAGGAAGGGAACGGGAUGUUUUACAGAGUGUCUCUGUUAAGUGUUUGUGUUGUUUGUCUUUGUCUGUAUAGUGUUUGCCCAACAUCACUGUCAUUUCUCUCCGCUCUUCUGAUGAUGUGCUCAAAUCUGAGAGACAGACUGGAGCAUUUCUAAAUACAAGAGAUGGAAAAUACCCCUGAUAGACGUGAAGUUUUUAUUCAUCAUCUCUUUUCAGUGUGUUGAAUUGUAGAAAUACAAAUGGUUUCAAUGUACAUUAUUCUGACUAACAUGUUUGUUUCUCAAAUUAAAUGCACAGAGAUUAUUUCCAGUCCUGAACCCAAGACCAGAGAUCAGUUCCUUCAGUACUCUCUUCAGCUGACACUGGAUCCAAACACACUGUAUAAACACCUCCGUCUGUCUGAGAGGAACCGAGUGAUCCAAUUCUCUCGCACAGACCAGCGGUACCCUGAUCAUCCAGACAGAUUCGACUGUUGUCAGGUGUUGUGUAAGGAAAGUGUGUCUCAACGCUCUUACUGGGAGAUCAAGUGGACUGGUGGUGUAGAUAUAUCAGUGGCAUAUAAGAGCAUCGGGAGGAAAGAAUUGGGCCAUGUGUGUCAUUUUGGACGUAAUGAUAAAUCCUGGAGAUUGUACUGCUCUGAAUCCAGAUUCUCGUUCAGUCAUAAUGACAAAUGGAUUAAUCUCCCUGUAGUGUCCAGCUCUGAUAGAAUCGGAGUGUAUGUGGAUGAGAGAGCAGGAACUUUGUCCUUCUACAGCGUCUCGGACACAAAUAUGACCCUCAUCCUCAGCAUCAACACCAUAUUCACUCAACCACUCUAUCCUGGAUUUGCAAUCGUUUCAAUUCAUUCCAAAGUGACACUCUGUGAUCUAAGAAUGUAGAUGAUUCAGAAAUUAAACAAAUUAUAUAAUUA